ACGGAAGAGCGCGGGAAGGUCCCUUCCCAGUCAGUCUUUUCGGUCCCCGCAGAGAGGAAUUCGGCUCCCGCUUCGUCUUCGGGGCAGGGGCCCUUUUAAAUCCUUUCCAAAGCCAAGUGAAUAAGAGUGUCUUUCCAGAGUCAGAGACAACCCAAGAGGAAGGAGAUGGAAGAGAAGGACGCUGAGGGCUCUGGAACUGGCAAGGCAUCAAGGAAAGGUCCCCAUCCCAUCCCAGCAGGGAGUGGUGCUGAAUUUUGGGCAAAAACUGUGCCAGAGAUCUUGGCUCAGGACACUACGACCGCAGAUGUACGCAGCCGAUGCUUCCGGCAGUUCUGUUACCAGGAGGCUGAUGGGCCCCGAGAGGUUUGCAGCCAGCUCCAUGGACUUUGUAAGGAUUGGCUGGAGCCAGAGAGGCACACCAAGAAGGAGAUCAUGGACCUGGUGAUCCUGGAGCAAUUCCUGGCCAUCCUGCCUCAGGAAAUGCAGGGCUGGGUGAGAGGAUGCGGGCCAGAGACUAGUUGCCAGGCAGUGGUCUUGGCUGAAGGUUUCCUCCUGAGUCAGGCAGAGGAGAAGAGGCAGCCACAGCAGAUUUGGGGAGGGUCCAUGAACGUGGCAGCAAAGUUCUCUGAGGCAGAAGAAGCUCCAUCAGAGGAAGGUCAGAGGGCGAACGCCCAGGAGCAUGCCCGAGAUGCCUUGUCAAGUGGCAGUGAAGACAGUUUAUCAAACAGUUUUCUUUUCAGAGAAGUGGAAACGCCUUCACAACCUUCAGUCCAGCAGGAGAUGAUCAGAGGAAUCAGGAGGAUGAGGAACUGCAUCAAGUGUCACCAGAAGAAGUCAAGAAUGAAGAUGUGA